AGGGCUGCCAGCCCUGCAAGCCCGCGGCCAGAUGAGACAUUGCCAACGAGGAAGGAAGAAAUAAAAAAAAACUAACCCAGGAAAAGGCACAAACCACCAAAGCCAAAUCACGUGCCGUGGGAUGUCUCUUGCAGCGUCCCCACACAGUGGCACAGGGGACACGGGCCUGUGCCCCAGACGGAGGGAGCCUGCGAGCCAAGCACACCCUGCUAAUCCUUCCAGCGGAUGCUCUUGGAGGUUAACAUGGGGCUGCUCAGCUGAAGGCGGUUGUUUCACAGAGCGUGGUGGUGUUUGUUCCAGCGGGUUCCUGUUGCAGCAGGAGCUGGUGAGCAGCUGCAUGGCCCGAGGUAGGGGACGGCUGACGCUCCGUGGUGGCGCGGUGAUGGGCGAUGCGGGUCCCAGCUGCCCGUCGUGUUUGCAGGUGGCAGAACAGCUCCAGCACCCCUGUCUUCUUGUCACAGUACCCAGCGUGCCGGCAUAGAGUGGGGGCAGAUGGAUGGGGUGCAGAGGGAUGAGCCCUGCCCUGAGCCUGCUCCUGUCCCUGGCCAGCUGCACCCUGCUUGGGGGGACGCUGCUGCCUCCACGGGACGUGAGGCUGGAGGCACAAAACUUCCACGUCCGCCUGCUGUGGGAGCCGGACCCCGGCUGGCCUGACGGAACCACGUACCAGGCGGAGUGGAGGAGACGAACCAAGGGCUGGACCAAGGCAGAUGCCUGCUGGGGGAACAGCACCGGCUCCUCCUGGGCGUGCGAGCUGUAUUUUGAUGACAUCCACAAUAUCUACUGGGCAAGGGUGAGAGCGGUGGCCAGAGGAGAAGUAUCCGAGUGGGCCUAUUCCAGCGAGCUGCAGCCAUACAGAGACACAAUUGUGGGCCCGCCCAAGUUGUCCUGGCUGCUCCAGGGACAGAACCUCAGUGUAAAUAUCAUCAUGCCACUCACUCCUUACCAAAGCAAAACUGGCUCUUACAAACCGGUCGACCAAGUGCUGCAGAAGCUGUGGUACCAGCUGAGCCUGUACGAAGGGGAUGUGCUCAUCCAGCAAGUGCCCUGCAAACGCAGCGGGGAGGAAGCAUCCUGCACCUUUGAGCACCUGAAAGCCAGCACGCGGUACUGUGUCCAGACAACAGCGGUGGGCAUGCCUGAGGAGCAGAGCCGGGAGGCCCAGCAGUGCAUGGUGACGCCGGAGGGCCCUGCAGGCUUUUCCUGGGUCCUCAUCCUGCUGAGUGGUGUCUUCCUGUCACUGGGCGUAGCUGCACUCUGCAUCAUCUAUCUGUACAUCUUCCCCAGCCCAUCGGAGAUGCGCCUCCCGAAAACGCUUCAGGCUCUCCGGAACAGGGAGUUGAGUGUGGCCGUCGGGGUGCCCACCCUUGAGCUGGUGGAGGACUCACUCGCCCUGCUCCUGCUGACCGUGCCCCCCUCCCCUGGGCCACCUGCUGCUGAGCAGACACCCACAGUCCAGCUGCUCCUCAGAGAAAGCCUUUCCCAGGACACUAGUGGCUACUGUGCCAACGGGUUUGGGCCAGAGCACCUGGAGGGAAGGGACCCAUCCUGCACCCACAGCCAGCUGGAGCAUGCCUUGGGGUCCCAGCUUUCAUCACGGCUGGAGGAGGAUGGGGAGGCACGCCAUGGGGAUGGUGUGCUGCAGCAGCCAGUGCUGAUGGGACUGACUAGAGACAGCUACACAGGUGACAGGGACUACCGGACAUCCGAGACGUGGCGCUCUCUGCACCUCCAGCUUUAUUCUAAAUGCCAGUGCCCGGCCCUGGGAGCCAGCAGCUGCCUCCCUCUGCCCACAGCUGGCAGGAGCUCCAGCCGCGAGGACCGGCGGGAGAGCCCUUGCAUGGCAGGACGUUGGGUGCUGCUCAGCUCUGUGAAGCUGCCAGCCAGCGAGGAGGAGGAUGGAAGGCAGCUCAUCCAUGCUCUCCAGCCGCUGCAUGGCCAUGGGACUGAGUCACAGCCGAGUGACAGCAUGGUGCAGCGGGGCGAGUUGGAACCGGCAGCACUGGCUGCCUCCCUGCCUAGCCCCUGCCAGCUGCCCCCUGACAUCCCGCAGGCAGCUCCCUUCUCCGGCUACGAGCUGCGGCCCCCGGUUACCAGUGAGCUGUAGCAGACAGGGACACGCCGGGAGCUCCCAACGCCUGCAUUGCAGUGUCCAGCAGAGCUCAAGGUGCUGCCCAGAGCUGCCCUGGCCACAACAGCUGCCUACUGGGACCUGCUUGUGCCUUGCUGGGGACAGGGCUGGGCAGGUUCUGGUGCGGGCAGGCAUGGGCACGCUCUGGGCACAGUUGUCAUGGAUGGGCAAGAUAAACAUCUUCAGAGCUUCCUUCUGUGGCUUUGGAGCUCUUGGACCAAAGCACAGGGAAUACAUAUCGAAGUCGAAGUCUCAAAGAUUUUAUGAACUUGUCCAUCUAUAUGUGUGUUUAUGUGUCUGUACAGCCUAUGUACUAACACAAAUUUAUGUAUAUAGUCCAGCUCCACCACCGGUCCUGAAGGUCUUCGCAUGGUGGCAGGGCAUUUGCAAAGAGCGAUUCAACAGGAGCGUCAGUCAAA